AUGUCCGAGCCCUCGAGGACCGGCGGUACAUCAUCUUCAAGAAAUACUGGAGGUCUCACCAAGAAGCGUGUCCGGACUGCAGCCCAGCUUGAAAGAAAGCGCGCUUUAGAUAGGCAAAGUCAGCAAAUUAGCCGUCAAAGAAAUCAAGAGCGGAUGGAUAAAAUGGAGAUUAUACUUAUUCGGCUUGAAGGAGAGUUCACGGAUAUGUCCAGGAAGCUAGAAACGAUACAGAGCUACUUCAAUUUCCAUGGCCUAUCACCCCAAGCUGACGACACCAUUUCUGCUGGAAACCCCAUGGAUGCUACCGGCCACGUUACCAUACACGUAUGGUCGCCAGACCAGAGGUGUACAAACUCUGAUCCAAACGACCCUCUGUCUCCAAUCUCCCUUCCUUCUCCUUCCUCUCAACCAGGAUGCCUCUGCGGAACCUCCCACGGUAGUAACACGACCGACUUCUUCGCUUGCUCCACCUUCGGUAUCCUCUCCCGCGCGCACCUAAAACUCCUCGAAGACUUUAAAUCCGCGCAACGAAUUCCUCGAAACCCAACAUUGGCCAACUUACUACUUCUGGACAUUGAUUCAAACGCCGUUGUCAAUGUAAUCGGGUCAAGUUUCACGCUUGCUAGUCCGCCGAAUGCCGUGGAUAUGAUGGCAACGUAUUUUAUCAUGUAUCGAUUACUCCGUUGGCGCGUCCAUCCAGACUCCGAAUCAUACGAAGAUGUCCCAGUUUGGUAUCGACCAUCGUAUUUGCAAGAGACACUCCCACACGACGUUUCGUGCGACUUCUGGGCAUGGCCAAAGCUACGUGACGUGCUGAUCUCUGGCGUGUAUAGCUACGACAAGCGUGCAUUUAGCACUGAUAUGUGCAGCGCUAUCACGGUGGAGUGGCCUGCGGCGAAACCUCUGGUUACUAAGACGAAGGCGCCGUCGGUUGUGGAACUGAGUGACGAGUUCGAGACUUAUGUCAUGAAAUAUGAGAAUUGGAAACUGAAGAGGUUCUGGGCGGGGAAGUAUCCGGAGCUUGUGGGAUUUGCGAAUGUUGGCAACGAGUGA